AGCGAGCCACUCUCACUCACGUACCCAUCAAAUCAAGAGAAACCGCCUCAAACCUCACCUCACCCUCACCUCAUCACAUCAACGGAAAUACUAUCACAUCCAGACCAGAGGGGGACCAAAUAAGCCGGUGCCACCCAUAUAUAUACCCCCUCCGAUCCCUCCCUCUUCCUCCCCCCAUCCGCUAGCUUCAUCUCCACUAGUCUCAUCCCUCCUUCUCCCUCUCCUCGUUGAACACCGCACUAUCAAAUCACCCAGCUGAAAGCCAAGACCGCGCGCGCCGGCCGGCCGGGCAGGGAUCACCUAGCUAGGAUACGCGCCAUGAUGUCGUCGGCGCCGGAGACGUUCUCGCUGGACCACCUCUCGCAGCAUCAGCAGCAGCAGCCGCCGCCGCUCGCCGAGCAGGAGCAGCUCUGCUACGUGCACUGCAACUUCUGCGACACCAUCCUCGCGGUGGGCGUGCCGUGUAGCAGCCUGUUCAAGACGGUCACCGUGCGGUGCGGCCACUGCGCCAACCUGCUCUCCGUCAACCUCCGCGGCCUCCUGCUCCCGGCCGCCGCCUCCACCGCCAACCAGCUCCCCUUCGGCCAGGCUCUCCUCUCCCCCACCUCACCGCACGGCCUCCUUGAUGAGGUGCCGUCAUUCCAAGCGCCGGCGAGCCUAAUGACCGAACAGGCGAGUCCCAACGUGAGCAGCAUCACGAGCAGCAACAGCAGCUGUGCUAACAACGCGCCGGCGACGUCGAUGGCGUCGGCGGCCAACAAGGCUACCCAGCGAGAGCCGCAGCAGCCGAAGAACGCGCCGUCAGCCAACAGGACUUCAGAGAAGCGGCAGAGGGUUCCCUCGGCAUACAACCGAUUCAUCAAAGAUGAGAUACAACGCAUCAAGGCAAGCAAUCCGGACAUCACCCACAGGGAGGCUUUCAGCGCUGCUGCCAAGAACUGGGCCCAUUUCCCACACAUCCAUUUUGGCCUGAUGCCGGACCAGGGCCUGAAGAAGACCGGCAUACAAAGCCAGGACGGAGCUGGGGAAUGCAUGCUCUUCAAGGACGGUCUCUACGCUGCAGCCGCCGCCGCUGCAGCAGCCACAGCAGCAUCUAGCAUGGGUGUCACUCCAUUCUAACGCCUCAGAUCAAUGCACGAUCUGGCUUAAAAAAAACUUUGUGUCCCACCCUGUAGUUAGGGUCCUGCAUGUCUCGAUCUCCAGAUAUGAUCUCCGGUUGCUUGUUAACUGAAAUGUUCCUCUAUAUAUGGACGAUCAUGGCACCAUAUGCAUGGCAUCUUGGCAUGCAUCGAUCGUAUCUAAGUCCUUAUCUAUGUGUAAUUCUAGUUUUCUCAGUUUCUUCAUGUAUUUUCCCCUUAAUUUUUCCUAUUCCUAUUCGCCUGUACAGAGGCUGCUAGCUGUGCGUGCUGCCUCUUAUAUAUCUUAUGGACAUAACUAGAUCGAUUUGGUUUAAUUACCAGGUGAUCAUUUGAAAUCAAAUCGUCUGAUUCUUUUA